AUGUCUUCAAAUUGCCUUGAGGAUCAAAAUGAAGAUACUGUUGAUGAACGUGUUCAAGAGGUUUUAGAUAAAAUUACAGAAACCAACAAAAGUGGAACAUCUGAAGAAGAUUUGGAUGAUGAAAAAUUGUUUGAAGAAUUAGAAAACGAUGACUUUGAUCUUACUAAUCUACGUGAAAAACGAAUGGAACAAUUAAAACAAGAAAUGGAAAAACUUAAAGAAAUGCGUCAAAAUGAUCAUGGAUCAUAUGUGGAAAUUGAUAAUGAAAAAGAGAUACUUAAAAUAACUACAUCAACCAAUUUAUGUGUAGUACAUUUUUUUCAUAAAGAUUUUCGAAGAUGUCAAAUAAUGGAUAAACAUCUCAAGACAAAAUUUGUAAAGAUCAACGUAGAAAAUUCUCCAUUUUUGAUUGAAAAACUUAAUAUACAAAUCUUACCUUGCGUUAUAUCUUUUAUUGAUGGAAUUUCUGUUGAUCGCAUAAUUGGAUUUGAAGAUCUUGGAAACACUGAUUCUUUCACUACAGCUGCACUAGAAUUUCGAUUAUCUCAAUGUGGUAAUAACUUAUCCAUCAAAACUUAUAUCUUUACCUGA